GAGGACCGGAGCGGCCAGCAGCAGUGUCGCUCGCAGCUGAACCAGCCGCUCGGCCCGCAGGCUCGCGCGUGGUACGUGGCAGGAGGUACGCGUCGCGCGCUGUGCCAUGGAGGAGGAGGGGGCGCGGGCGCCGCUGCUGCAGCCGCGCGGCGAGGCGGCCGACACCAAGGCCGGGCGCGCGAGGCGGGCGGCGGCGGAGUGGUGGGUGGAGUCGAAGAAGCUGUGGCGCAUCGUGGCGCCGGCCAUCUUCCAGCGGAUCGCGCUAUUCGGGAUCAACGUCGUCACGCAGGCCUUCAUCGGCCACCUCGGCGACCUCGAGCUCGCCGCCUUCUCCAUCGCCGCCACCGUCGUCGCCGGCUUCAACUUCGGAUUCCUGCUGGGCAUGGCGAGCGCGCUGGAGACGCUGUGCGGGCAGGCGUUCGGGGCCAAGAAGCACCACAUGCUGGGCGUGUACCUGCAGCGCUCCUGGAUCGUGCUGCUCAUCUUCGCCGCCGCGCUGACGCCGACCUACAUCUUCAUGGAGGACCUGCUGCUGCUGAUCGGGCAGUCGCCGGAGCUGUCGCGCCUGGCGGGGCAGAUGAGCGUGUGGCUGCUCCCGCAGCACUUCGCCAUGGCGAUGCUGCUCCCGCUCACGCGGUUCCUGCAGAGCCAGCUCAAGAACUGGGUCACCGCAGCCACCGCGGGCGCCGCGCUCGCCCUCCACGUCGCCGUCACCUACGUGCUCGUGCAGCACCUCCAGCUCGGGAUCGUCGGGGCCGUCGCCGCCGCCGACAUGUCGUGGUGGCUCGUCGUGCUGGGGCAGUUCAUCUACGUCGUCGGCGGGGGGUGCCCGCUGUCGUGGAAGGGCUUCUCGAUGGAGGCGUUCGCCGACUUCUGGGAGUUCAUCAAGCUCUCCUCGGCCUCCGGAGUGAUGCUCUGCUUAGAGAACUGGUACUACAGAUUGCUGGUGUUGCUGACAGGGUACCUGAAGAACGCUGAAAUUGCUGUGGAUGCACUUUCCAUAUGUCAGACGAUCAACGGAUGGGAGCUGAUGAUUCCGUUCGGCUUCUUAGCAGCAACAGGGGUGCGAGUGGCGAACGAGCUCGGCGCCGGGAGCGGCAAAGGCGCGCGCUUUGCCAUCAUCGUCUCUAUCACGACGUCCGUGGUGAUCGCCCUCUUCUUCUGGUGCCUGAUCCUCUACUUCAACGACCAGAUCGCGCUCCUCUUCACGUCCAGCGAGGUCGUGCUUGCCGCCGUGCACGACCUCUCCGUGCUGCUCGCUUUCACCAUCCUCCUCAACAGCGUGCAGCCCGUCCUCUCAGGGGUGGCCGUCGGUUCAGGAUGGCAAGCGUUGGUCGCCUACGUGAACGUCGGGACCUACUACCUGAUCGGAAUCCCCUUGGGUAUCUUGCUCGGUUGGCCGCUGCAUUUCGGAGUCGGGGGAAUCUGGUCGGGGAUGAUUGGCGGAACCGCCGUCCAAACAAUGAUCCUGGCCUACCUUACCAUCAAGUGUGACUGGGAUGAAGAGGCGAGGAUAGCCAGUAUGAGAAUGCAGAAAUGGGCCGACUCAAAGUAAAGCUCCUCGAUCAGUACCGGUGCAGUUUGUUACCCAGACAUAGGGAACCCUGGAGCUCAGCAAUCACCAAGAUAACUCCCGAUACAGCUACGAGCUCCAGCGUUCAUCAACUACAUUUGGCGGCUGGCGACCAGUUUCUGAAAAUAGUAUAUACGGCACCUCCCAAAGAGGACCUCACACAUAAUUAUAUUUGUGAUCCUUUUGCAGAUUUGUAACAUGGAUUAUACUGCACCACUGUUACAGUGUGCAAAUACUGUCUGCCAUUAUUGAGCGAAUCUAGCACAGGUCAUUCGCCAUC